AAAUUGAUUGGUGAAACUGAGAGUUAAUUUUAUAUUUUAUUUAUAAAAUGGAUUUCAAAUUUCUUUUUUUAGAUGCCUAGUACAGCAGAAGAGUGGAGAAGUGUUUCUGAUGAAUUUCGUGUAUUACAUAAUUUUUAUAACUGCAUCGGCGCAGUUGACGGGAAACGCUAUAUUAUAACUAUAAAGGAACAUACAGUAUCGUUCUUAUGGCUAUUGCGAAUGCUAAAAAGGAAUUUGUCAUGGUUGAUAUUGGAUGCAAUGGACGCGUGUCUGAUGGUGGUGUCUUGUUUUACACUAAAUUCUGGGAGCGUUUGCAACAAAAUCGUUUAAAUAUACCGGAAUGGACACCAUUGCCAAACACCUCGGAAUCAUUCCCACAUGUUUUUAUAGGAGACGAAGCUUUCGCGCUAGGCCCUAACAUUAUGAAGCCUUAUCCUCAAAAAAGAGUAUCACAAGAAGAGCAAUUGUUUAAUAAACGGUUAUCGAAGGCUAGAUGUGUCAUUGAGUGUGCGUUUGGUAUCCUCGCCAAUAAAUUUGGAGUUUUCCAGAAAGCCAUAAGUCUCAGCCCGCAGAAAGAUUCUAAUUAUCAGGCACCAAAUUCCAAUGAGUAUAAUUUUCAAUUAACCACCGUACAAAGCAGUUCGGCGCGAAAUUCAACAAGAUGUGCCAAAACUAUAAGAGACAAAUUUUGCAAAUAUUACAAUGACGAAUAUAGAUGCUAACUUUUGCCACUCAAUUUUUAUCACUUAUGUAUAUGAAAAAAAAGAAUAAUAAAAGUUUUCACUUAAAACAACAGACAAUCUACAUACUACUUUCUUUUCUUUCCACCUUUAUAGCUAGGUAUUCACUAGAGUAUGAGUAGAAUUCAAGGAAAUCUUUAAAACAA